AUGACUAGACUUUUUGGCUUUCUUGGUUUUGCUAACCUCGCAGCAACUGCGUGCAUAUCAAGCGGAGAUGAAACAACAAUCAACAAUGCUCUAAAGAGCGGCGGGGUGGGCGCCGUUGUUCAGCUUUGCCCAAACGCCGUGAUCACCGUUCACAAUACCGUUGCAUUUACAGCCGCCAACCAGGAGCUCUCAACUCAAGGAUAUCCAACAGACGCAACGCGUGCAAUUAUUCGUUUACAAGCAACAGAUCAAUCUAUUUCAGCAGUCAUCCAUGGAGGGAGUCUCAGCGGUAUUCGCUUGAGAAACAUACAGAUUGAUGGCGAUCGAUCGGCGAAUGGUCAAAUCACUGCUCAAGCCAGCUCUGCAAAUAUUGAGUUGGGUGGAAUUCAAAAUGGACUCCUCGUUGACCAUGUUGCGUCGAUGAAUCCACGAGGUUGGAGCUGUAUGCAUAUUGGAGAGGGCGCAGCCGCAUCAGGCACCUCGGCUUGCAGCAACGCGACUAUCACCAACAACGAUAUAGGCCCUUGCGGACUGGAAGGCCACGACGCCGCAGGUCAUGGCCAAUGGGCUGAUGGUAUAUCUUUUGCGUGUACUAAUUCACUGGUUCAGGGCAACACGGUCACUGGAAGCACUGACGGAGGAGUUGUUCUAUUUGGUGCCCCUGGCACCAAGGUUCUAUCCAACAAAAUUAUAGGAUCAACGACAAACGCAGGUUUUGGAGCAAUUAAUUUAGUCGAUAACCUCGCUGUAUAUAAUGGGAGCUUUGCUAAUGUUGAAGUUUCGAGCAAUACCAUACAAGGUCAGCGAUUGUUUGGAGUCGGUAUUGCGGUUGGCUCUUGUGUUUGGACUAGUUGCGAUGCCUCAACAACAACACCAAAACUAUCGGGGCCUGUCACGAUAUCCAACAACGUCUUCAGUGGUAGCAUCGCAUUCCCAAUUCCAAUUUCCGGUUGGACUGGAGGAAUCACGGUAAACGGCAACAGUGUGACAGGAGUCGGCAGCAAUUCCGCCUUCUCAGAAGAUGGAAACUGUCCUGCUGCGACCAAGACGGCAUUCAGCGCGAAUCAACAUCUUCUAUGGAAUAGUCCCAGCGUAACAGGACCGACGAACUUGCAAUCGGACUUUGUACAGCACACAGACUAUCCCUCGUUCUUCAUUUGCCCUACGCCUCCUUUGCCCAGCCAGCAAGUUUGGACAAAUGGAUCGCUGCUAGUCAACACUGUUCCGACGACGUUCUCCCAGCUUCAUAAUGGCUUCAACUUUGUUUUUGAUAACAGCGCACAUCUCAUUGUAUAUGACAAUGGCGUGGUGGCAACCACAAUCGGAUCCACUGCUACGUGCAACUUUGAGUGCACUCUCAAUUUCCAAGGGGAUGGAAAUCUUGUAAAGAGGUUGAAUGGAUCUGCAUUUUGGGCGUCAAACACUGCAAAUCGAGGUUCAACUCUGACAUCAAUGAACACCUCGCCUUGGCUGGAGAUUAAAGACAAGACAGGAGCCGUUAUUUGGGAUGGCGUCAAUGGAGUGCGUUUGAACCUAUGA